AAAAUAAAAUAAUUAAUGCCAAAGAAGGGUGCAAAAAAGGAAGAAGUGGCUAAUGACGGAGAUGUAGUCCCCAAGAACGAUGUCAUUUUCAAUAUUAACUUCGAAGUUUAUCACGAAAAGGGUCAUUUUAUUAAGCUAAAAUACACCUGGCUCAAUCCAGAUACUCUAGAAGCUGAAGAAACCGAAACAGAUUAUUUAAAAGACUGGGAAGUCUUAAGAAGAGACGGGGAGGAAGAAAAUCCAGAAGCAGAAGAGAAGAAGGAUGACAAAAAGAAAGGGGCUAAAGACCCCAAGAAGGGUGGAAUGGAAGAGAUUGAUGAUCCUGUGCCCACAGUUGUCAAGUUUAACAAGAGCUUUGAGGAAUCUCCUUUAAAAAUAACUGAAGAAGUUGCUAAAAAGUGGAGUGAUUUCAAUAUGAAAAUUGAUGUCUACCUGUAUAACCAUGAAACCUCUGAAGAUGAACUCAAGGAUAGUGUUCAAAUAGAUCUUAGCUUCUUCCUAUUCCCUGAAGAAAAGAUCAAUGAAGAGUGGGAAUUCGAUAAACUGAAUCCACAUUCUAUGAAUUAUUUAAAAUGAUCAAUCACAAGUGAUCGUGCAUUAUUAUCAGAGUUUUUAAGAAAGAAACUUAACCCAUUGCAGAUUUAUAUACUAGCAGCCAAGGAUAUUCCUGACAAAACUGAGCCAAAGUACCUCCCAGUAUAUACAAUCUGCAACUUUGUUGACGGUCAAUCGUUUAAAACAGUUGGGCUCCCUCAAGGGAAUUUAUGAAGAUGGGGCCAUAAGCAUGUCUUUCUAGUUGGAGAGAAAGACCCAGCAGAAUUCUCAGAACAGCUUCUUUCCAAAACCCUAGAUCUUGAACUCCACGACUGGGAUGAAGUAAUAAACGAGGAAGAUAAGAAUGAUCCUCCUAAGUUUUCAUAUGGAUUAGCUAAAUUUCACUUACAAGACCUCUUGAACCACUUUUGUUGUAAUAUGAAAUUAAGAUCAGACGUUUUCCCAGUAAAGAGAGAAUUAGUAAACACAGAAAAUAAUCUGAACCUUAACACAACAGCUAGAAAGGAGGAGAGAGCUAUCGAGAAAUUUUCUCCUUACCUUGUUAACGGAACUUUCUAUGUGAUUUCAGUCGACCUUGCCUACAACAUCGGUGAAUUCGAUGAAGAAGAGGAGUUUUCCAAGCUCAAACCCCAAGACGAGCAAGAGGCUACUCCUGAGGAUGAAAAAGAAGAGUCUCCACAAGAUGAAGAAAAAUCAGAAGAGCAAAAAUCCUUGAAUGGAUCUAUUGUCGAAGAAAUCAAGGAUGAAAAUGCUGCUAUCUACGAAAGAGCAGUCUAUAUCCUCCCUUACGAAAAUACAUCAGAGCUGCUAAAUAAAAUUCUAAACUCAAUAGAGACUAUAAAUCUCAAACUGCUUGGAUUCGAGAAUUCGAAACAAUUAAACACCAAAGAAUUCUCCGAAGAAGAAAGAGACAACAGAAAAUUAGACUUUAUCGGAGGCUUUGAAAUUAUGGACUCUGAAUUCAGAAUGAUCGUCAUAGAAGGUCUUGGAGGCAAGGGUCACAGUAUGAACAAGUUUUACAAAAUGAAUGCUAGAACUCAGCCAAAUAAGAAAAGAUUAAAGCUCCUCUAUAACCCAGACAUUAAGUUUAAGUAUAGAAAGUAUUGGGACUUUGGAGCUAGUCUCAAGAGGAUCAAGUUAAGAGAUACCCUGACUCAUACAAUGAGCAGUCCUAAUGUAUUUUUAAGAUCAAAAGUCCCAAAAGAAAUCUACGAGACAUUACAACAGCUUGCAGAAAUGAGGAAAUAUAACAGAAUAAAAUUCUUGAAGGACUAUAGUCUCUUCCCUGAUCCUGAUCUUCUUCUCUCAGUUGGGAGGAAAUAUGGAGAUGCUCUCUCCCAUAAAGACUUAUAUGGAGUUCCUCAAAAACCUAAAAAGAAGAAGGUCCAAGAAGAGCCUGAGAUCCAAAUGGUGCUCACUCAACAACAAGAAGAUACUUUCAAAAAGGCUAAGGAAGAUACCAAAAUGAAAGAGACAAAGACUACCCUCUCAGAUACAAAUAAAGAUCAGAAAUUGCUUCAUGCAAGAACAAUGCGGAAGACCAAGAAGAAUGAUCUUGGGUAUGACUCCACCAAGCAAUUUACGAACAGAAAGAGACUUGAAGUUCCUGAAGGAGCUGAGGUUUACAUGUAUUCAGGACAAAGGUUGAACACUUAUGAGCAGCAAAAAGAGACUCUCAGAAAGAAAAUAGCCAAAGAUAAAAAGCAUUAUUAUACUUACUCCCCAGAUCACCUCACUCUUGCUUUUCCAGUUGUCAAUGAGCAUCAGAUCGAGGUAAAAGAGAAAACUCUGAAUGAGAGUAAGUGGAAGACAAAGGAGGGAUUCCACAAUGUUACUAGAAAAUCCAAGGAGGAAUAUACUCUUCACCCGAAGAAACCCUCCCAAGAUGUGCUUGAUGAUCUCAAGGAUCCUUUCCAUAUCCAAAAGGCUAAGAAAGAAGCAGCAAUCAAAUCUCUUCAGAGAGACUUGAUUGCUGAUCCAAACAAACCAGAGUUUAAUCUGAAUAUCCAAAAUCUAGAAACUUUUUCGAAAAAGGAUUACUUCAACACCGUCUUCCUUGGAGGAGAUGAUGUUAUAGCUGAAAUGGAGGAAGCAAAAAGAGCAGAGCAUGAAAAGUGGAAGUCAAAGCUUGUGGUUGCUAACCCUCAUUUCAAAGUAAACACUCGUCCCAAUAAAAAAAUGCAACAGAUGGACAAGAGACGUGGAGUUUUAGAAGAUCCUCCCAAGAAGAUAGGAGUUCGCGGUCCAAUGAAUAACAGAUUUCAAACCUUAGCAGCCAAGAAUAUAAUCCCUUGCUCUUACACGUCUGCCUUUAUGGAUGAGAAAUAUUCUGAUCCCAAGGAUCCUCUUUCUAAUCUGAAGUCAGACGAUACUAGUAGAAUGCAGAGCGCCAAAGGCUUUGACACAAACAUAAGAAAUGACACUCUCAGCUAUUCCAAAGUGAGCAAGAAGACAUUUAUCAAGCCUGUUCCACAAAGCCAGAGAGUUGGCCCAAAAUGGGGUAAAGCUUAAAUUUUAAAAGACAUUCUUCCACGAUAUUGAAAUUAUU